AAAGUUGAAGGUAAAAGGAUAAUACGUCAUGCAUAUGGCGGACGGUGUAAACACAGUAGCUAGCGUGAAACUGGAGUUGUGUAUGUUUACCGAAAAUGAAUAGUGUAGAUUUCGAUCGCUUGGAUAGUCUAGAUGAGUGGGUCGCAAUUAAAAGUAAUUUGUUUGAUGAGAACGAGACAUUUAAAUUGGGGUUUAUCGUUCAGUGGAACGUAAUCGAAUCCAAGUUCGCUGUCACUUGUCACAACAGAACACUUCAGCGACAGAAACGAAAAGAACUAGCAGUCGGAGAUACACAAACAAGCUGGGCCGGAUUGUUCUCCGUUAAUGAUCUAAAAAAUGUCCACCGCCAGUUUACAUGUGUUGGUGAUGUAUUGGCUCCAUAUUUCCCCGAUUUGUUAGACUUUGAGGAGGGAAAUAUAUGGGACCUUAUAUUUCUUAAUCGGACAGGGAACCAAGAAGACAAAGAUGUUGAUACCCCCUGUCGCCAGCUCGAAAAAUACUUCAGCACAGCGAUUGACGUGUGUGGCCGUAAGAUUGUUUUAGAUUCUUUAUUUAACAACGAUGAGCGAGAUGUGGAAGAAUAUUUUGAAAAUCUUCAAGAGUUCAGGAGCAAAACAAUGGAAGAUGAAGUUGCCAGAGCCAAAGAUCUUGUGCGAAAGAUGUUCCAACAGCACAAAGGUGCAGACAGUAUGAUCCGACUGUUAAAGAUUUAUGAAGAGGAAGAUGAGGCUUACAUGGAAUUAGUCACCGUGGCAACGCUCUUCUAUCAGUACCUGCUGCAACCUUUUCGAGAUAUGAGAGAGCUGGCUAUGCUGUAUAAGAUGGAGAUUCUGAAAUCCUUGGAAUAUGAAGAGUUGGGCCCCAAAAGGAUCGCAGCUCUGCAAAAGGAGGCGGAGGAGUGGAAGAAAAGGGCAGAUGAUGCGGUGAGCUCCAUCCAGGAUAUCACCGUCAGCUACUUUGUGGAGACAUCAAAAGCUAUGGCAGGGAUGCUGAAGCAGAUGGAGGAGGAUAAGAGGAGGUUUGGCCAGGCCUCCUGGACCUUUGCCUCCCCUCGACUAGAGAGGCUGAAGUUCCUGCUUGCCAAAGAGACACUCCAACACAUGCGGGCCAAGGAGAUGUGCCUUAACCGCAACAAAGCCGAGAUCAGGAAAAAGAUGGGGGGACUGGCUGAUCAGAAGGGAGGCAUCCUCAGCGUGGACCAGCUGGAGCUGCAGUACUAUGAGGCUCAGUUGGAACUGUAUGACAUUAAGUUUGAGAUCCUGAAAAACGAAGAGCUGCUGCUGGUGGCACAGAUUGACACAGUGCGCCGGCAGAUGAAAGAGUUGCAAGAGAAUGUCGAGUAUUACGACGCAUACGAGGAUCCGGAGGAGCUGCACAGCAUCAUCCAAACCUCGAGUCAACAUGACGCCACUCGUCCCGUCAGAAACCUGAGUAAAAGGUUGCAGCAGCUGGAAACGAAAAGAGGAGCCAUCUGUGCCAGAAGGUCUUACCUACGCAAUAAGAAGGACCAGUGUGUGGUCGCUCAUGAACAGAAGGAUCGCCUGGCUCAAGAGACGACUACUCAGUUCGUUCAGCACCAUGGAGUCCAGUUGAAAAGAGACAGACAGAAAGAGGAAGAUCAGAAGAGGAAGGAGUUUGUGGAGCAGGAGCGGGAGAAGACCCUCAGCAGGCUGCGGUCCUUCAGAGAGAGACGCCAAGGUCAGUUUGUCUUGAAAACUCCUCGGACAAGGGCGGUCCCAAGAGCCUCAAAUCUAUGUGUGGACACCUCCCAGCCGCUGUCCUUCAUCAGUAUACCCCAGUUAGACGGGGGUGCUGUUGCACCCUCCUCUUCCUCUUCCUCCCUUGCCUCUCCCAAGAAGAAGCAACCAAAGCCCAGAGACAUCCCAGUCCAGAUCUUUGUUUCUCCGGGACCUGGAGCCACAGCUCCUCAACAGGCUCCUCAAAACCCUCCUCCUCCUCCGCCUCCUCCACCCCCUCCUCCCCCUCCUCCCCCUCUUCUUCUAGCACCGCCACCCCCACCUCUUCUUCCAAUCUUCCCCACAAACAAGCCGAAGCUCUUGGACUCCCCAAAGCCCCUCGAUGAGAAAGAGGCGCCUCCCUUUCCUGCCAAAAACACCCUCAAGCAAAACAUAGGCUCAAUGGACGAGGUGCUGGCGUCCUUACAGAGGGGCCAGAUCCAGCUGAGGAAGGUGCCUCCUCCGAGCUCUAAGCCCACUGGCACCCCGGCCGAGACCGCCAGAGACAGCAUCAUGUUGUCCAUCCGGCAGGGGGUGAAGCUGAAGAAGGUGGAGAGGUCAGAAGCCUCCCCGGGGAGCAGAGACACGGAGCUGGAGCGCAGCAUCAAGGCCGCCAUGCAGAGGAUGAAGAGGGUGUCCUCGGACUCGGACGACGAAGAGGACGAGUCGGACGACCACGGUGACACCCAGUCUGAGGAGUGGGCCAGCUGAAGGUGUUCUGUGUUCCUCUCGGUACCAUAAACCAAGGAAAAUCCCAAGUAUUGUGCAAGGCCAAUUGUAUGCAUUCACAUGCCAGCUUUCUGUGAACGGUAACCUGAUCAAUAAUGUUUAAUGAGAGAAAAAACUAAAGCUGCCUCGUGUUUAGAACACUACAUUGUGGAUUUCUUUACGCCCUCCCUAAACACCUUUCCUUUGGUGUCUAGCAGAAUGUCACCUGAAGCAAGGAUUUUGGUAGGGUUGAUUGACGAUGGAGUGGUUCUAGACAGAGCCAGAUCCAGAGUGUGUCCCAGUCUAGCUAGAUAGUGGCUAAAAAGGGGUAUUGCAGAUUCCCGCCUCACGAUUUGGAUGGUGCAGCACCAUGGUCAGACAAACCCCAAUGUGAUAGCAACACUAUACUUGUUCAGUAAUAUUUGCUGCUGGACUAUAAAGUCUGCUAUAAUCUAUAGUCUCUGAACAGGAACAGUCUAGUGGGAAUAAAACAGGACUGAGGGGAAAUUCCAAUAUUUGGGUUUGGAAUACAUUUUUAAUGGUUAAAAAUGAGAAUGGGUGUGAAGAGAUUUUGGUAACAUAACUAAACAACUGUUCAAUGCAGAGUAAGGCCUUAGAAAAUAUAUAGCCUGUGUUCAGAGUAUACACAGCAUCCAGACAAUACAACUAUAUAGCCUGUGUUCAGAGUAUACACAGCAUCCAGACCAUACAACUAUAUAACCUGUGUUCAGAGUAUACACAGCAUCCAGACAAUAAAAAACAUGAACAAUAAUACGCAAGAAGUGGCAGCCUUUGCACUUUGACGGGCUCAGAUUCUGGCGGCACUUAAAUGCACAUAAACAUGACCUUGUAGCCUUCUAAGAUGUCUGUUUUUAAAUGUUUGUGGGAGUUCCUCCUGAGGAAUAGUGUGUUGCAUGUUGACAUGGUGCACCAUGAUGUGGCCACCAUACAUUUUGCUGUUUGUGUUUUUUUUUUUUUUUUUUAAUGUGGCAAUAUUUGGUAGUGCAGAGAAGCAAUGUUUAAGGCACGCUGACAUGAAAUAGAGGGAUACACGCGUUUACUUUUAAAGGUGACUUCAUUUGUGAGCAGUAUAUGCUAUAACCACAGAAAUCCGAUAAACCUUGACCUUUGUCUCAAAGCAAGGAUCGCUCAAGCAUAAACAUGUUAGUAUGUACUUUUGAUUUACAGCCCUGUGAUGCACUUGAUUUAACCUGACUAUGUAUCAGAAAUUGAAGGCGUGAUGUCAUGCACUGAUAUUUUACUUUGCCUUUUUCUUUCUCCGUUCUUUUCAGUUUUUUGAUUAAUCAGUUUUUAUGGAAAUACAGUUUGUAAAAAAAAAAAGCAAAAAAACACAAUUAUUAAAUAUGCAAAAGUG